UCACUAAAGAAAAAUUGAAAAAACAUAGUAGCAGAAAAGAAUGUGAAAACAUUAUGUUAUUGUUAUAAUGGUUAUUUGUACUAGAUUGGCGUCGGAAGCGGAAGUUUCCACGCUUGAACAGCAAAACACAAAAAACAUGCAAAAAUUCCUACUCUGAAUUUGAAUUCCACCAUUACACCGUCAUGACUGACUCUCAAAACCAAUCGAAUUCGAAUUCCCACCUUUCGCACUAUCCGCCACCACUGCCUCUGCCCACUGAUCGGCCCGUCAGAAUCUACGCCGAUGGGAUCUACGAUCUUUUUCACUUUGGCCACGCUCGCUCCCUUGAACAAGCCAAGAAACUGUUACCAAAUACUUAUCUUCUUGUUGGAUGCUGCAAUGAUGAAAUCACCCACAAGUAUAAGGGUAAAACCGUUAUGUCGGAGGCGGAACGUUAUGAAUCACUUCGUCAUUGCAAGUGGGUAGAUGAAGUCAUUCCUGACGCUCCUUGGGUGGUCACACAGGAAUUCCUGGACAAGCAUAGGAUUGACUAUGUGGCACAUGACUCUCUUCCCUAUGCUGAUGCUAGUGGUGCUGCAAAAGAUGUUUAUGAAUUUGUCAAAGCUUCAGGGAAGUUUCUUGAAACAAAACGUACAGAUGGCAUUUCAACAUCAGAUAUAAUUAUGAGGAUUGUUAAAGACUACAACCAAUAUGUCAUGCGAAACUUGGAUCGAGGAUACUCAAGAAAAGAGCUUGGUGUUAGCUAUGUGAAGGAGAAGCGGCUCAGGGUUAACAUGAGAUUGAAAAAACUACAAGAGAAAGUGAAGGAACAACAAGAAAAAGUUGGAGAAAAGAUCCAAACUGUUAAAAUGCAUCGAAAUGAGUGGGUGGAAAAUGCUGAUCGCUGGGUUGCUGGUUUCCUUGAGAUGUUUGAAGAAGGUUGCCAUAAAAUGGGCACAGCUAUCAGGGAUCGAAUUCAAGAGCGGUUAAGAGGACAGAUGUUGAGAGACUCUAAAUAUCUACUACCGAAUGGCAAAGAUGAUGAUGAUGAAGAUGAAGAAUAUUACGAUAAGUAUGAUGAUUAUGACGAUGAUGAAGAGUACUACUAUGAUGAUGAUGAAUCCUACGACGAGAAAGACGAGAAUGAAAAGAAAUGGAUCUAACUUUCCUUGAUUGUAUCUAGUUAUAGGUCUAGUGCAAACCAUAUUGUGCCUGGUAGUGUGUUGCCUGUGGGUUUCCGGUAAAAUACUGUACAAGUAAAAAAAAUACUUUGCUAGGAGUGUUUAAGGGGGGCCUGGAUUUGAGUGGAAAUUAAAACCAUUUUUGUAAUUUAUUUUUUUACAAGUAUCUAGUUUUAUUUAGAUUUAUUCAAAAUUUGAAA